AUGACUGCCAGCACACCAGUAGCAGUUGCAGCAGGUGCAACAACAACAAGAACAACAAUCACAAUAUUUUCUGCAUUACAGAACUCGACCUCUAUCACUAGUACUAUGACUGUCAGCAAGCCAACAGCAAUUGCAAUAGGAACAACUUUAGGCACAACAACAACAACAACAAUCACAACAUUUUCUGCAUUACAGAACUCGACCUCUAUCACUAGUACUAUGACUGUCAGCAAGCCAACAGCAAUUGCAGUAGGAACAACUUUAGGUACAACGACAACUACAACAACAAUCACAAUAUUUUCUACAUUGCAGAACUCUACCUUCGCCACUAGUACUAUGACUGUCGGCAAACCAACAGCAGUUGCAGCAGGUGCAACAACAACAAGAACAACAAUCACAAUAUUUUCUGCAUUACGGAACUCUACCUCUAUCACUAGUACUAUGACUGUCAGCAAGCCAACAGCAAUUGCAAUAGGAACAACUUUAGGCACAACAACAACAACAACAAUCACAACAUUUUCUGCAUUACAGAACUCGACCUCUAUCACUAGUACUAUGACUGUCAGCAAGCCAACAGCAAUUGCAGUAGGAACAACUUUAGGUACAAUGACAACUACAACAACAAUCACAAUAUUUUCUACAUUACAGAACUCUACCUUCGCCACUGGUACUAUCACUGCCAGCACACCAGUAACAAUUGCAGUAGGAACAACUUUAGCUACAACCACAACUACAACAACAACUACAACAACAAUCACAAUAUUUUCUACACUACAGAACUCCACCUUGGCCACUAGUACUGUGACUACCAGCACAUCAACAACAGUUGCAGGAACAACUUUAGGUAUGUGUAGUAGCCAGGUUCGAACAGAACUAAUGACGUUAUGGUAAUACUAUUCGACAAGGCAAACAAAUAUAUGCGAGUGAUUAAUGAAUGAGCUUUUGAAAGCUUUUAUAAGGAGAAAGAGACGAAUAUUACAAUGGUGCGAUGAUUGAAGAAACAGUUCAACGCAUUUCAGAAUUGCCACCAAUAAACUGAUGCCACAGUAGAAGCCAUCGGUAGAUUGUGGUUUCUUGUAAAGAAAAUCAGAAAAUUCCAUGUCAGCACGAC